AUGCCUUUCAUUUAUUUGAAGGAUUUCUGUACUAGUCGUGGAUCAUACCUAAUAGAGAUGAAUUCCCAUCAUGAAAACAGAUGGGUGACAGAAUCCUUCCUUCUACCUGUUACCGGUGUUGAGGUACAAUGUCCAAAUCCUUGGAGCUGUUCUUAUUGGAUAGGCGCAUCAUUUCGCGCAUCUUCCGGUAAGUUUGAAUGGAAUUACAGCGGUGGCGAUAUGACAUUUCCUGAAUGGAGUUCUGGACAGCCCAAUAACAGUACAGGAAGUCAGGAUUGUGUAUCCCUCGGGCGGGAUGGACAAGCUAACGACCAACACUGUGGGAUACCGUUCCAGUUUGUUUGCGAGAAGGGUGGAACAAAUGGGCCGAUUUGAGGAAACUUCAAUAUCUCAAAGUGUUUGAAAAGAAGUAUUCAUUAAAUUAAUUCGUUAAAUUAUAAUGUAACACAUUAUAUGUAUAUAAAUACAAAUGUGUAUUUGAAUUUUCACGAUACAAUUUGGGUUGCUUGGUUGUAUAUUGUUUAACAUCCCUCUCGAGAAUUUUUUACUCCUACGGAGACGUCACCAUUUCCGUUGAAUGACUUUAAAAUUUAAGCCUAUGCUUGGUGCUUACGGUCUUUGAGCAAGAAGGGGUCUUGAUCGUGACACGGGACUUCGACUUUUGCAAUCUUCUCCGAAGGGCGGAGUCGCCUCUUACGACUUAAGGGUUCCUGAGGACUUAUUCGAACCACGAUCCCCAGGGCAUGUCGAUAGGGAGAAACACAAUAGCAACCACCACCCAUUUUUUAAAAAUUACCCGAAAUAAUAAAACUUAGGUGUAAUUACCAAUUUUGAGUAUGUGAAUCCGAAUCUGAAUUCCUUUUACUCCACUUUUUUUUUUUUUUUUUUUUUUUUUUACAGAAAAUGAGGUAUAGUGUCAUUAACACCCCUAACGUCAGGUUGUCAAAAACGGAAAAUGUUCCAUUUCACAUUAAAAAGUUACUCAAAGUUAUUUCUUGAAAUAAGGGUAUACAGCAUAGAAAGGAAAACAAUUGAUACUAAAUUGUUCCAUGAACAUUCUUAGUUGUUUUGGAAAGAAUAUAUCUCAACUCUGGACUUCACAGAUGCAGGGAAGGAAGAGGUAUACGGAGCGAAUCAAAGAUCUUAAAUUUAAUCAGAUUGGGCCAUAGCCUAAUGAACAGCAGCAAAAGUAAAACUAAUAGGUAAACUGAUUUAUUAAACAUCAGCAAGUCUUUUCUAAGAACU